CUUCUCACAAUUUCUCUACUUUCUCAAAAUCUCUCUAGCUUUACUUUUAAACAAUAUGUCAAAGAACGGUUCAAGAAACUGCUUAGGUUCAAUGGAAGACAUCAAGAAAGUUUUCCAACGGUUCGACAAGAAUAACGAUGGGAAAAUUUCUAUUGAUGAGCUUAAAGACGUGAUCGGAGCUCUCUCUCCCAAUGCUUCUCAAGAAGAAACCAAAUCUAUGAUGAAAGAGUUCGAUCUUGACGGUAAUGGAUACAUAGAUUUGGAUGAGUUCGUUGCACUCUUCCAAGUAAAACAAGAAGACGGUGAAGACAACAAUAGUGAGAUCAGGGAUUUGAAAGAAGCUUUUGAUUUGUAUGAUUUGGAUCGUAACGGACGGAUCUCGGCUAAUGAGUUGCACUCGGUUAUGAAGAAUCUUGGUGAGAAGUGUUCGAUUCAAGAUUGUAAGAGGAUGAUUAGUAAAGUUGACUCUGAUGGUGAUGGUUGUGUUGAUUUUGAUGAGUUUAAGAAGAUGAUGACUAAUGGUGGAGCUUGAAAUUAAAUCUUUUUAUUUAUUUAUUUAUGUUUGUAAAUAUGGAAUUUCAUAAUCUCUUUAAUCUAAUAUUUUCUUAGGAAGCUGGAUAAUUAGAAAAUUUAUUUUUUUAGGUUUUAUCGAUUAAAUUUAGAAGAAUCUAUAUGUGGCUUUUUUAAAUAAUGGCUCUGACCUAAUGUUAGGGAAGUGUUGAUGACCUAAUUAAUAGUUUUUCUUUUCUUUUAUCUAAAGAGAGAAAGAGUACUAUAAUAUAAGCUUUUAUUUGAUAAUUAUUAAUGUGGUUGGUUUAUAAAGUUGGGUUGAUUCAUGUGCAUCUUGUGUGGAUGGGUUAGAUACUUCAUGGUAAUGGCACCAUGUGAACUUAACCACAUCUCCU